AACGAGAUUCAAAGAACCGAGUCACUAAAAUGAUUCAAACUUCCCAUCAAGUGGCUUUUAUACCAUAGAAAUAGCAAAAGCCGCCUGUAUUAGGGCGUAGCCUUAUCCUGCAGCCAAUGGUAUUUUUUCCCUUCGAGUGACGCCAUCAGAGUUGCGGGCUCACCGUCCAGUGAAAUCGUGAGUGCGCUUUAUUAGGCCGUCUGGCACCACAGCGUCAUGCAUGAUUAUUGGUCACAGAGUUUUGAAAUGGGCUGGAACUCUGUGGUGCGACCUGUGCUUUAAGGUUUGCCGUAAGUUAUGAGAUGUUUACUUAUAAAUCUCGUACAGCAGCCUCUGGAUAGUCUCGUGCAUUUCUGUUGGCUAAUAUCUCUGUAAUUCAAGACUGGUGAAGAGUUGCUGUUUCACUGAGAUUAUAAGAUCAAUUCUAUCUUUAUUACAAAGAUGGCAGCAGGACCUGUAAGUCACCCGUACUGGCCCAAAAGCCUGUCCAUCCCAACCUACAGAGAAAAUGAGCGCUCCACGUUGGAGAUUUUGACUUUCCUGUUCUCAGUGUCGGGACUGUUGAUGCUGUUAACCUGGGCUCUGACAGGAAAGGGUGUUGGAGGAGGACGCCUGAGCACCUACAGGAGGCUUGCUUUGUGCUGGUUUACUGUCUGUGGCUUCAUCCACAUUAUCAUUGAGGGCUGGUUCUCUCUCUACUACACCACAAUUCCAGGAGACCAGAGCUUCCUUUCUCAACUUUGGAAGGAAUAUUCAAAAGGUGACAGCAGAUAUGUCAUAUCAGAUAAUUUCACUGUGUGCAUGGAGACAGUAACUGCAUGUCUAUGGGGACCUUUUAGUCUGUGGAUUGUUGUGGCCUUCUUGUACAAUCAUUCCUACAGAUUUGUUCUGCAGCUAAUUGUGUCUUUAGGGCAGCUAUAUGGAGCAAUCCUCUACUUCUUCACUGAAUACAGAGAUGGGUAUAUGCACAGCGAGUAUGGACACCCUAUCUAUUUCUGGUUCUACUUUGUCUUCAUGAAUGUCUUAUGGAUCGUGGUGCCUUUUAUUCUUAUUAUGGAUUCAUGGUUCCAGUUGAGUGGUAUUCAAGCUUUGGCAGAUAAAACGAUUCCCAAACGAAAGAUAAAGUAGAUGAGAAAGAAAGGGAAUUGAUUAAUGCUGUGAAAUUAAUCAAAAAUAAAAUUGACUAUGGA